UAUCUCACUUGUCGUCAUUUUAUUUUGGCGGGCGGAUGGAGAGAAAUCUCCAUGAAGUUAAUAGAAGAAGGUUAACAUCGUGUUAUAUUUGCAGAUAAAAUUUGAUAUUUUAACAGGGCGUUUUAAUUGUGUGCGUUUGCCUAUUCGUGGAUACAUUACAUCAAAUAUUUGGAAAAUCAACUUGCGAACAUGGAGAUUUCAUGGACGAAUACUGCUAGUGCGUUGCAAGAUUUUGCAAACGUUCUUGUUUGUGGAAAAUGCGGGUCCAAACCAGUGUCUCCUGUAAGGCUCACAAAUUGUGGCCAUUUCUUUUGUCAUGAUUGUAUUGAGUCUGCAACAAAAUGUGUCAAAUGCGAUGUACCAGUGCAGCCAAAGGAAAUAAAGCCUGAUCAUUUAAUAUCCAAUCUUGUACAGAAUUGCGAUCUUAUUGCAGAAAUUAUUCAGAAGAGAGAUGUAUGGGACAAUAUUACAGACACAUCCAAUACGUCAUUGGACAAUACGAUAUCCACAGUACUUCAUACACCAAGGAAGCAGGAUUAUAUACGUAAGAAGAAUAUAAAUAAAACAAAUCCCAAAGGUGAAACACAAUUACACACCGCAUGCUUGAAGGGAAAUGCCGAACAAGUGAAACAUCUCUUGUUGGCUGGUGCAAAUCCUAAUACAAAAGAUCAUGCUGGUUGGACACCACUGCAAGAAAUGGUUAGUUUUGGAUAUACUGAAAUAUGUGAACUAUUACUGAAUUGUGGAGCAUCACCUGAUAUAUCAGGUUACAAGAAUCGAAGACCACUACACGAAGCUAUUAAAUGUAACAGAAUUGAAGAAGCCAAGUUGUUAUUGCGUCACAAUGCUGACAGAAACCAAUAUGAUCAGCAUGGCAAAAAACCUAUAGAUUACUGUAAAUCCGAAGAGAUGCGAGAGCUUCUGAUGGAUUUACCAAACACCCCGUCUGAAAAGGUAUCGGACCUCAAUCAAAUGCUAGAUACAUCUACUCGUACAUGUGACAAAUUUGUGAUUCUCGCGUCAAAUUUAAAACAUGAAAAUCAGAAAUUGCUUGGUCUCGUGGCUGCGAGACAUAAAUUCAAAAUUUUGACAACAUAUAGACCAACUGUUACACACGUUAUAGUAGAGGUGAAUGAGCAAAAUAUUACAAAAUUAACACUUGAUGUUCUGUUCACAAUUAUCUAUGGAAGUUGGCUUCUCAAUAGUGAAUGGAUUCAACUAGCAGCAGACAUGGAUGAAGUAGCUAAUGUGGAUCUCGAAUUGUUCGAAGUUAACGGCGCACCCACUUACGGCAUCCCAAAGAAAGCGAGACGAAACGCGGAAUGUAAAAAUCCACGCCUGUUCAACAAUUGUUUUUUUUAUUUUAUUUUGCAAGCGAAUAUGAUUUAUUCUAUCGGUGAUGUGCGAUUUACGAAAGACGAUCUGGUGAGACUUGUGAAAGAAGGAGAAGGAACGGUGCUCACUAGAGAACCAGAUCCGGAAGACUUGAAAGAUAUGUCGCAAGUGAUACCUUUUCACGCUGCGAAUGACUUAUUUCAUCCUUUGCACAAAUGUACGCAUUAUAUUAUAUAUAUGCCAGGUAAAGGUGAACCUCGUGUUAGGUACAAGAUGCCGCAUAUUAAGAGUCUGCCGUUGAUAUGGUUAAUUGAAUGCAUCGAAAAAUUUACUCUUAUCGAUCCGGCUCACCUGGGGUUGUCUUAAAUUAUAUAUUAUAUUUUUUGUUCAAUUAUUACAAUAUAUUCUAUUUAUUUUCAAUGA